AUGCCCUGCACGCUCGUCUACAUCCAAGAGUAUCCGGAAUGGAAGACCAGGUACGAGUCGUGCGGCGACGCUGUGCAGUCGCCGAUCCACGUCCAGUACCUGGACAGCCAGUUCCGCCAGUUCAAGCCUAUCUACUACACCGGAUUCGAGAACCUCUACGGAUACUUCGUCGAGAACGGCGUGCACGGCAUCUACAUAACCCUGAUUGAUGGAACGGUGAGCAUGUAUGGCGGUCCGCUGCCCGUCCGCUACAACCUGUCUCGCGUAAUCCUGCGUUUCGGGCGAUCGACGGGGCCCGGCACCGAGCAUCGCAUCGACAACGAGAAGUACGUCGCCGAGAUGCAGCUUCUGUUCUCUUCCAAGAAGCCAACCACAACAAGCUGCCUUUACGACAAUUCUGGUGCCGCAAUUGUGUCCGUCCUCUUCCGCGAGGUCCCGGGCAGCGUGAAGGCCCUCGAGCCCCUCGUUCAGAGCACGCGGCAGCUGCGCGGCGUGUGGGGCGCUCGAGUGCCGGUGCAGAUGCGGCUGAGCGCGCUCAUGGCGCCCAACGCGCAGCACUACUACGCCUACUCGGGAUCGCUGACUUUCCCGCCCUGCACGAGCAGCAUACCCACCAUGGUGAUGGCCAAGCCCGCCUCCAUCGGAGAGGACCAGGUGACCAAUGCUUCACCAGCGAUAGACACUCUUCGACGGAACAUGUUCGUGUCGCUCAACUACUGCGUCUACCACAUGGCCGGCCAGUUGAGGCCCACCUUCGACGCACAGAACCGUGACCUAUACCGCUCCUUCAAGUACUUCAGCAGCCGGGGUGUCGCCGAUACACCGCCGACGGCAGUGUUGCUGACGAUGCUGCUGUUAAGCCUAACCUUUACGACUGCAGCGCCGUUGCCCGAUACGUGGACUGUGUGCUAA